AUGUUCAAGCCGCGCGUGCUAACGCCCCUCCGGGCGCUGGAGCGAGCCUUCACCCCGGCAAUCCGGUCGACACCCGCCCUCUCGCAACCGCAAUCCCUCCUGCGAACCCUCUCCGCAACAUCCACAUUCCCGAAAAUCACCCCAACACCCUCUCUCUCCGCACUCCUCCCAUUCUCACAAGUGCGUUACGCCUCACACGCCUCGCAAGGAACGGCCAAUCGACACUCCCGUGAUCCCGCCGGUAAGCGUCUCGGAGCGAAGCGCUCGGGCGGCGAGUACGUUGUACCGGGAUGCAUCAUCUUCCGGCAGCGCGGCUCGCUCUGGUUCCCCGGUGAAAACUGCGCCAUGGGCCGUGACCACACAAUCUACGCAACACAGGCCGGAUACGUCCGCUACUACCUCGACCCGCUGAAGCACUCCGAGCGCCGGUAUAUCGGAGUUGUUUUCGACAAGGAUGAGCAGCUCCCGUACCCUCGCAAUGCGCCCAGCCGGCGUAAGCUGAACAUGGUUAAUGUGCCGAUGGCCGAGCAGGUUCAGGCUCAGUCUGAUCUCAUUGCCUCGGUUGAUGAGAACGGUGUCAGUGUCAACGAUGUUGCAGCUGUCGAUGCCGCAUCCGGUCCCCAGCUGCGCCCCGGUUACAUGUACCGUGAGGCUAACUGGGUGAUUGGUCGUGCUGCUGAGAAGGCCGGUAUCACUGCUAUGCCUUAUGAUCGUCGCAACCGUUGGUUGGCGUGGAGGAAGCGUGAGGAGAGAGCUGAGCGCGCUGCUCAGAUGAAGAGUUUGAAGGGCAAGAAGAAGACUGCCAAGAAAUGA